GGAAAAACCAAACCAACGUGGAGGCUUACCCAGAUGACAAACUUGAGUGGGAGAGAGAGUCACAACAUGAUUAUAAGAGUCUCUCUCUCUCUCUCCCAAAAAACCCAAUAACAUAACAGUUUCUUUUACUCUAGAUUUUCAUGAAGAUUCACUCUCUCUCUCUAUAACAAACUCAAACAAAGAACAAGAGAGAGAGAAACAUGGACGGUGGAAGAGGAAAAGGAGAGAGAAAGAGAAACGGUGGUGGUGUUGGUGUUGAUGGAGAGAGAAGAUACAAAGGAAUUCGUAUGAGAAAGUGGGGAAAAUGGGUAGCUGAAAUUCGAGAACCAAACAAACGUUCUCGAAUUUGGUUAGGUUCCUAUUCUACCCCUAUCGCCGCCGCAAGAGCUUACGACACCGCCGUUUUCUACCUCCGGGGACCAUCAGCUCGUCUCAAUUUCCCAGAGCUACUCAACGGUGAAAACAACGCGGUUGUUGGUGGUGGUGAUAUGUCGGCGGCUACUAUUCGAAAGAAAGCUACUGAAGUUGGUGCUAGAGUUGAUGCUCUUCAAGCAGAUGUUAAUCAUCAUAGUCAUAGCCAUAGUCAUAAUCAUAAUCAUCAUCACCUUCAGCAUAACCGGAACCAGCAUCAUCGUGUUAUGCCGGUUCCGGAGUUGCUUGAAGGUGAUGGUUCUGGUGAUUUUGCUGAGAGAGUUGAUUUGAAUAAGAUUCCUGAACCAGAGAGUUCUGAUGAGUGGGAUGUUAAUUGAUAUUGGAAGGAAAAAAGUUUGAAGAAUCGAUUAAAAAAAGUGAUUCUUCUUCUUUUUUCGCGUUUGGGCUAUGGUUGCUAACGUGCGCCGUGGAAGUUCUUUAACGGCUGAAGCAAAAAUCUUGUUGAUGAUGCCUUUGGUUGGUUGGUGGUAUGGAUUAGAGUACUGUUUUUUCUUUUUUUAAUUUUAAUCUUUUUAUUUUCUCUUGGUAUUUUUUUUUUUUUUUAAUUUUACAGAAGAAAUUUUGGCAUUGUAAAAAUGUUAAAUGUAAAUUAAUUAUUAUUAUUAUUAUUAUUAUGAUUAUUAAUUAA